CCACAGCAACUAGCAAAAAAAUAAUUAUUUAAUUAUUUUCUGUUAAUGUCCACUCAGUUUGAAAUGACGUCGUUCACGUAAAGCUUGGUCAAGGGCAAAGGGGGUAGUCGGUGAAAGAAAAGGAGUUCCUGGAAACAGAGGAGUGAGGCGGGACGCCGCGGUUUAAACUGAGAGAUUUCUCAGAGGCUUGACUUCUCUGCUUAGUGCACAGUCACACCCGCCACAAACUCUUGUGGCACGGCAGUCGAUCUCCUGGUGUUAUCCAUCCUGACGGGGCCAUUCAUCCUGACAUGUCACUUUGGGGAAAGCGUUUGCAACAACAUCAACAGGUAUGAGCAGUGGAUUAUCAUAUCCUGUGUAAAGCUACUUUUACCAACUGCAACCACUUACAUCAACUUUGAGAGCUCAGAGCUUCUGAUAAAUCUGCUUCAGCCAUGAGUGGACAGGGUUGUCACCUCCUGGUGUCCCCUUGCAAUGUGUCCCCAUCACUAAGCAUGAUCAGAGGACAGCAGUCGCAAUCCAUCAGGAUACCUAUGUCUUCCCCCCAACGGGCCAGUCUUAGUUCCUCCUCGGGCAUGGAGAAAGUGAAAACAGGGACAAUCCACUCCUUUGCUUCUGGGAUACAGGGUGGAAGCCAUGUUGUCCUGCCAACCCUGAGCCUCCGCAGACAGGUGUUGACCAAUGUGAAACAUUUAAACAUGCCGACUGCAUCCCUACAGCAGCAAGUGCCUACUCAUCCUCCAACCACAACAGUGACAACUACCAUACAGACAGGGCUCUGCUCCUCUACCAACAGCUUCAAGGCAGGUUGCUCUGUGUAUGGGCCUACCAUGGAAGUAUUUGGUCAGCCAGCUGCUGCUAACCUGACAGUAACCAGCAGUCCCAUGACUGUUGUCAAAGGCCAACGGUUUACUGCGGGGCCUGCAGAACCACAUCCUCCAUCACAUCCACAUAGUGUGCAGAAUCCCCACACUGAUGCCAGAUCCUUACUGUCCAGAGAAUCCCUGGCAUCCACUACCCUUAGUCUGUUUGAAACACAGUCAAUGUUUAGUGGCAGACAUGAAUGGUCAUAUGGCUACCGUGUGCUUCCUCCGUUGGGUCUACCUCAGGGCUCCACCCAGGCCAGCGAGGGAGGUGAGCAGCUCAGCCUUUCCCCUGGCACAGCCAUGUCCGGCACGACCAUAUCAGGUGGCACCAGCACCUCUGCCUCUCUGCCCUCGUACCUCUUUGCAGGUGAUGUUGGAAGCCCCAGACAGUCUCGAGCUAAGAAGAGGGCUCUCUCAAUGUCGCCUUUGUCAGAUGUCAUGGGUAUUGAUUUCACCUCCAUCAUACGCACCUCACCUACCUCACUUGUGGCUUACAUCAAUAGUUCCCGCAGCUCUCCAUCCUCCCACCCCACACUCUCACCUGUCCAGUCUGACGGUUAUGGACACUUCCUGGGUGUAAGGGGUUGCUACAUCCCCGUGGCCCAUCCCUACAGUAUGCCAGGCUCGUCACAGGCUCUGGCACCAGAGACAGAAUGUGGCCGCAUGCAGAUGCUUGAAGAGGGAGGUGGUCUGGCAAGCCAGAUGGCUAACAUGGUGGUGGAGCAGCAAUGCCUCCCAGAGGAAGGAGGGGCACUGGAGACGACUUCAGAGAGCUGCAGCCAAACCACCAACAACCUGCUGCCACAUCUACAGUUACAGCCAGCCAUGUUGAUUACUGUCCCAGAAGUUGCUACUCCACAGGGGCCACCACCACCCUACCACUCACACCAGCACAUCCACCUCACUAGACGACACUGCAAAAUAAACCCCCUUUCUCAGGACCCUCUCGCACAGGCUCCCAUGGUUCCUCCCAGGCAUGGGGUGAGCUUUUUACCCCAGGUCCCAAUGCUGGAGGAAGAAGAAGGAGAGCUGGAUGACUAUGGGGCCCACUGCUGCAGGUGGCUGAACUGCAGUGCAGUCUAUGAGCAAAAGGAGGAGCUGGUAAAGCACAUAGAAAAGCUACAUGUGGACCAGCGCAAGGCUGAGGAUUUCACAUGCUACUGGGUGGGCUGUCCACGCAACUUCAAGCCCUUCAAUGCCCGAUACAAGCUUCUUAUCCACAUGAGGGUCCAUUCAGGAGAGAAACCCAACAAGUGCACGUUCGAGGGCUGCAAGAAGGCUUUCUCUCGGCUAGAAAAUCUGAAGAUCCACCUGCGUAGCCACACGGGGGAGAAACCCUACCUGUGUCAGCACCCAGGAUGUCACAAGGCCUUCAGCAACUCAAGUGACAGAGCUAAACACCAGCGUACACACCUGGAAACAAAGCCAUAUACGUGCCAGGUGCCUGGCUGCGCAAAGCGUUACACUGAUCCCAGCUCCUUGAGGAAACAUGUGAAAUCCCACUCUACUAAAGAACGACAGUUACGGAAGAAGAUGAAAUCCACUGCUGGUGUGACCCAGGACACUCUGACAGACUGUUUAACCAUCCAUCCUCUGCAACUAAGCCUUUCUCCUCUGGCAAGGAAAGACAACAACUUGAAAAACCCUUGUGCAUCUCAUGAGUCAUACUCUGCUGCUCCACAGGGACAAGACUCCUCCAGCAGUCCUCACCUGGCUCUGUUGUGCUCCUUACAAGAUGACUACAGGUUUGUUGAUCCUUCCCCUCACCAGCUCUUCCUCGGGGACCAGCAUGGGCCUUGCUCCUCCUCCUGCCUCCCACAUCCUCCCAAUGGGACGUCCCUGCAGAACAACCGAGAUCUGAAGCAGCCACGCCAGCCUCCUGAUCUAGCAGACCACACUCCAGGGCAGAUGAAGAUGCUAUAUUCUCCUCCACAAUAUGGUGGGAUCACAGCACAGACCAGAUCGAGUCACCUGAUGCAAGAUGAUGCCUUUGGUGACAGCCUCCCUCCAACAGUCAAUAAUCCCAAUGGGGUGACCACCUUACAAACAGCUCUUUCCCGCAUUACAGGGUAUGAUGUCCACAGCCAAGCACAGAAUAUGACUCCUAAUCAAGAAUUGCAUGAAGGGGAUUUCUUCAGCAUGGUGGACCAAUGCACAAGCCAGGUCUCCAGCAUCUACACAGAGAAAUGAUAUUUUCUCAAUUGCGGCUUUUGUUCCUUUGCGCUGUUUUUUACGUCACCGCUCCAUUUAAGUCGAAUGGUCAUUAUAGCAAGAACACCUUUGAUGGCAAUGCAACCUGGUAGCAGUUUCAU